AAUUAUAAUAAUUAUAUUUGUUCAAAAUGCUGAACAGGCAAAUACUCUUCAGAGGCACUAAUUUAUUUAAAUUCUCUACCAGAUCUUUCUCCUACGUUCCGAGCAAUCCGCCAAAGACCUGUUACUAUAAAGUACUUGGUCUCACUUCUGAUGCCACUGAUGAGCAGAUCAAAGAUGCUUAUAGAAAGCUUGCUAAGAGGUACCAUCCAGAUGUCAAUCUUUCUGGUAAAACUCAUGAGCCAAGUGCUGAGAAGUUCAGAGAAAUAGCUGAAGCUUAUGCAGUCUUGAGCAUUCAGGAAAGUAAAAUGGACUAUGACAUCAGCCAUCAGAAACAAGAGUCUGCAGAAUUGGCUAAAGUCAAGUCUGAAACUAUGGCUAAGAACAGGAAGAUGAGAGACAGAUCGGGCCAUGUUCCUAGUCCAACUCCCAUGAGGGGAUCCUACGCUGAAUACAGAAUUAAGCAGCUUGCUAAGGAGCGUGAAAAGUAUAAUGUAAACUUCUUGGGAUAUUAUGAUGGAGGUCUUCCUCAGAAAAAGUCUGGAGCUCAGAGAAGAGGAGCUCUCAAUCAUCCAGGAGCUUUCCACUCCCCAAUUCGUCAUAAUGAGUUAGAGAGAAUGGAGAGAGAUGGCCAGAGAAUUGACCAUUUAGAUACACAACAAUUUUCUGCAUUACAAUCUCUUGAGCAGAGUCAUGGAAGAGAUAGACCUAGACCUUAUCACCCAAUUGAUGCCGAUCCUGAAAUGAGGUAUUUCAAGAACAGAGAGUUUUCGACAGCAAUUAUUUUUGGCAUCUUCGGAUUCAUCCUAGCAAAGAAAAUUUAUUACAGAGAAAAGUAUAGAAUGCAUAUGAACGAGAGACUUCCUGAAAACUUGAUUAAUGCUCCAGCCCACCACUUUGUCAACAGAGGGGGUGUCCUGAUUAAGAAAGAAGUUGUUGGAUUUGCCAAAUACUUUAAUAACGACAAAGAAACACUUGCAUGGUAUAGGAAAGUGUACCCAGAGAUCAUGAAUGCCAAGGAAGAAGCUCCUGCAUCUUAAUACUCUAAUAAGACAGCCUGAGAUUUGUAGGAUUUCUU